UCGUGGUAGGCAAUCUGCAGCUGUUGUGUUGGAAUGUCGCAAUAACAGUAGUUAUUGACAAAGUUUACUCAGAAGACGAGCCAAUUACUAACUACUUAAAAGUUUAUUUAGCGAUUAUUUUGGCUUUUAACCUGUUCUUUGCUGCAAAUAAGCGAAUUGGAGCUUAACACAGCUAGCGUUAGUGAGCUACCGUAAAUGCGAACUCGAAGACCAACACUUGGAAAUGGUGCGUCCAUGAACAAGUGGAGUUACUAGUGUUAUGCAUUUUCGUCGGGCACUAGUUAGUGCUGAGCAUUUUAUUGUUUGUUUUUUUCUUUCUUAUUACAUUUACAAAACUAUAUAGGCUCAGUGUAUCGAAUACACACCUGUGUAAGGUACAAUUCUUGACACGGCACUUGUAUUAGCUCUGUGACAGGGUAACAAACGAGCUACAUUGAAAGCAUCACAGGAUCCCCUUUUUUUUUUUUCUUUUUUUUUUUGGGAGCGCUGAUGUCAUUUCAAAACUUAAACCAAGCCUCCUAAAGUCCACACGGCUAUUUGCUCUCUGUCUUUUCUACAGGAAAGUAUUCUUCUUCUCAAAUGUGGAGCACAUUUUGACUAGGAAAAAUAUAUGUAAUGUUGAGAGGAGAAAUAAUCUAAGUAAACGAACCCGAAGGACUUGAUUGCGAUUGGAAGCCCCUGUUUCAGCGGGCACAAGUUUUUUUUUUUUUUUUUUUUUUCUCCCUUCCCUUGUGUGUGUUUUUUAAAGGACCAAAAUGAAUCGGAGCUUUCAUCGGUCUCAACCCCUGCGGAACGUGGAUCUUAACGCCGUGGAGGUGAAAAGCAAGUACGGCGCCGAGUUCCGUCGCUUCUCUGUGGACCGCCUCAAGCCAGGCAAGUUUGAGGAGUUCUACAAGCUCAUCCUGCACAUCCACCGCAUCGCCAACAUGGAGGUGAUGAUCGGGUACGCCGAUGUGCACGGAGACCUGCUGCCCAUCAACAACGACGACAACUUCUGUAAGGCCGUGUCCACUGCGCACCCCCUGCUCAGGAUCUUUAUACAGAGACAAGAAGAGAUGGACUAUGCUAACUUUGGCAACAACACCAUCACCCGCAAGAAGAAGAAUGUGGUCGCCCUGCGCAACAAUGACAUCAACCGCAAGAGGGCGCACAUCCGCAUUGGCAUGCCGCAAGACUUCCGGCCCGUCUCCUCCAUUAUCGACGUGGACAUCCUGCCGGAAUCGCAUCGCCGCGUUCGACUCUACCGCCACGGCUCGGACAAACCCUUGGGAUUUUACAUCCGUGAUGGAACCAGUGUCCGUGUGACACCCCACGGGUUAGAAAAGGUGCCUGGGAUCUUCAUAUCCCGGCUGGUUCCUGGGGGUCUAGCAGAGAGCACGGGUCUGCUUGCAGUCAACGACGAAGUCCUAGAAGUGAACGGUAUAGAGGUGAGCUGGAAGUCACUGGACCAGGUCACCGACAUGAUGAUCGCCAACAGCCACAACCUGAUCGUCACAGUCAAGCCCGUCAACCAACGCAACAACGUGGUGCGCAGCAGCCGCAUCUCCGGAAGCUCGGGUCAGUCGUCGGACAGCAGCGGGUCCACCGGAUACCCGACACUGUCUGUGCCCCCGGGGGGGAUGCUGCCCUCGGGAGCUCAGGGCUACCAGGACGACCUGGAGAGCGAUGACGAGACUGACAUUGUCAUCGAGAGCAGCCUGAAGCGGCCGUCCCAGAGGUCUAAUGCUUCUUUGGCUUCCAGCAUGUCUCGCUUACACCACCACCAGACGUCGAGCACUGCCGUUCCGGAUCCCGCGGCGCCACCCAGCCCUCCGUCGCGCCCCCCUUCGGUUGUAUCCACCGCUUCCUUUCACUCACAGACGAGCCUCAACGGGGGGUCGCACCACCACCACCAGCAACACAGCAGCCUGAGCUACCAGCUCCUCAGAGACCUGAACCUCCAACACAGUCAGCCCAGCUCCCAGCUGCCCUACCAUAGCAGCAACCCGGCCCUCCGUCACAGCAAUGGGAGCCUGCACAAAAUCCUCAGCUCGCUGAAAACGGACCCACGGCACAGCCUGGCCCUCCCCAGGGGAGGAGUGGAGGAGGACGGCACCGUCAUCACGCUAUAAUACCCGCAGAUAUCCCGCUCAGACAGGAUAAGGCCAUGGACCACCGGCUCAAUUUCAAAGACUUUUGUUAUUCCUCCCUCCCCCCCCCAAGAUAAUUACUUUAAUAACAGGAAGUUGCACGCCAAGGAUCACGGAAAUUUGUCGUACUGUAUAUACACCUUGGAGUUUUUUAAAUGUUUCGCGUCUUACGUCAAAAAAUGUAUGUAUGUAAUAUGCGUCAGAACAAGUGAUGUUUUUUGUUUGUUUGUUUUUUUUAAACUUAAUGACCACUUUUAUCUAGCUACUUUUCUUCAUUCUUAAUACUGGGACCAAACUGGGGUUUUCUUGUGGACAUGUUUAUUGACAGAGUAAAUCUAUAUUUCUUGUUUUCUUUGAUGCAUAGAGUAUGCUUUUUAAUUGGUCUUUUUGACAAUUGUGAUGAAAUCCUUGUCUGUUCCAAUAAAUUAUUCAUUUUCACAUGGUG